AUGGCCUCAAGUUGGAAUAUCUACCCUUUGGGAGACGACCAGUCCAUGAUGGGAUGCUGUGUCGACUUGGUCAUUGUCUUAGCGCAGCACAGCGCUGACCCCAACGUUCUGAACGAAUGCUCCGAGGUCCUGGAUCACCUGCAUCUGCAGGGCGACCAGGUGCGUCACGCUUUGGAGGCUGCGCUGGCGGGCGGCCUGGGGGCGGGUGAACGCCUGCUGUCCGCGGCGCGGGGGAACAACUUCCAGGUCGUAAAAGCGGAGUUGGAUGUUGGAGCACAAGUGAACAGCCAGACCACAGAGCAGCUCUUCACUUCGUUGAUCUUCGCUGCAGCUCACUGCAAUUACCAGGGUGCUACAAUGCUCAUCGGACGCAAAGCCAAUGUGCACUUGACCGAUCUGACAGGAUGGUCCGCCCUGCACUAUGCCGUGCAGUCCGGAAGUUUGGAGAUGGUUUCCAUGCUCUCAGCUGCCAAAGCGAACUUGGCGCAGCCAACCUUUGAUGGUACAACCACCAUGCACCUGGCUGCCAAGACAGGUCUGGGUGCCAUGGUUCAGCUUCUCUAUGCCGGCAAGGUUGAGCUGAACACCAUCAACGCCAAGGGCGUUGCGCCAACGCAGGAAGCGGCCAGGUGGGGCUGUGCCGAAUCUCUUCAGGUGCUGUUGGCGUAUCGCGCCAAUCCGCGAGUGAAAGAUCACAAGGGCCGUUCUCUCCUGGCCAUCUCUGUGGCCGCGGGGCGCAACGAUGUGGUCAGCGCGCUGCUGCGGCCGCUGCCGGAUCCUGUGCAGCUGGUGCCACCGGAGAAUGAGAAGACCUAUGUCACCGCCAAGGGGAACGCCACGCAUGAGAACAAGGACCUGAUGGCGAAGGCCAUCCUGCUUCGUCGGAGAUAUCUCCAAGCCAUGCAGGAGCGCGCCGCGUGGGAGAAGCGGAAACGGGACGAGGCCCUGAAGGCGGAGCGCGAGGCCGCGGAGAAGGCGGCGCUGCAGGCGGAGCUGGAGCGGGCCGUGAAGGAGGACGAGAAGAAGAAGAAGAGGAAGGGCGGCAAGGCCAAGACCGUCGCUGCACCACCUGAGAUCGUCCAGGCCGUACAGCAGGUCGAGGUGGACGAGAUGGUCCAGGUGGAGGAAGGAACAACCACCUGGCCGAUGAUCAAGGCACCCAGCAGCGCACCGAAGGAGGUGCCCAUUGCAGGUGGACCGGAGCGCUUCACCACGGCUGAUGCCAAGGGAAGGCUCCCGGUGCACAUCGGUGCCCUCUCCAAACGUCUGGACACCAUGACGCUCCUGCUGGAAUUGGAGGCGGAUGUGAACGCACCGGACUUGGAGGGGAACUCUGCACUGAUGUUGGCGGCCCGCAGCGACGACCGCUGGAUGGUGGAAGUGCUGUUGACGUUUGGUGCGGAUCCGGAAAUGAAGAACAUCAACAACGAGGAUUGUUUCAGCGGUUCCAGUCAAGUAAUGCAGGACUACAUCCACAAGUGGGUCCAACAGAAGCGUUUCCGCGGCCUGGUGGAGUUCCCGUUACCUCCCUCGCCGCUGCACGCGGUCUAUCGCGUGCGCGUGGAUUGUCUUCCGAUGCUCAUCUACACCGAGGAGCUGGAAACUGCCGUG